GCGCCGGGCAUUGAACAUACAGGAACAAGUCGAUGUAUUUGCUGUCCGCAAAGAUAUGUGGGGCCCCGUUUAAGGCGCGCCGCUUACCGUCAGCUGCUCGCUGCCUGCUGUUAGUCUGUUCCUGCACUCUUUCUGCUCACUUGACGUAUGUAAACGGGGUACAGCUGAUUACGUACUACGUAGUAUGGACUAGUAACCUAGUGCGCUUCUUUCCACGAACAUCUACUUCGAUUUGAAUCGCGCCUAUCUUUAGAUACUGUGCAGAUCAACGUCCCGCUCUUCUCUAAAAUGGAUCCGGAUAUGUUCACAAAGCCUUUUCAGCUCACAAAGGCAAUGCGCCGUGAUCUCUACCCCGCAGUAGACCCGCACAACCCGAACCUUAGCGCCAAGGGCAAAGUCGUCAUUGUCACCGGCGCCGGCGGCGGUAUCGGCAGCAGCGUAGCCAAAGCCUGGGCUCAAGCCGAUGCUGAAGCCAUUUUGCUCGUUGGCCGCACCGCUUCGAAGCUUGAGGUCGUCGCUAAAGAGGUCGGACCUCGAAGUGUGGUAAAUGUCACGGAUAUGACCAGCGAGAAGGACGUCGAAUCCUUGUUCAAGACUGUCCAAGCCAAAUAUGGCAGGUUGGACGCCCUGAUUAACGCCGCCGGCAGUGGACAUCCUGGGCUCACUAUUGCUGAGAUUGAGCCCAGCGAUUGGUGGCAAGAUUACGAAGCCACCAUGAAAGCGACAUUCCUAGCCACGCACUUCUACGCCAAGUUCUUCAAUGGCAGUGGCACUAUCAUCAACGUCGUCUCCAUCGCAGCUCUGAUUCCGAAGCCUAAAAUAUCGUCAUAUUCGUCGGCCAAACUUUCUCAAAUCAAAUUCGGUGAGCUCGUUGGCCUCGAGUUUCCCGACUUGCGCGUCUUCUCAGUACAUCCGGGCAUAGUCGAGCCUGAGAACGGAAGGGGCAUCGACAUUCCUGGUAUUGAACCAUUUGCCAAGGACAAAGCUAUUCUGACAGGCGGCUUGUCGCUGUUCUUAGCCACUGCUAAAGUCGAUAGGCUGGCUGGCAUGUUUCUUUCUGUCAACUGGGAUAUUGACGAGGUGAUGGAGCAUCUGGAUGAGAUUGUUGAGAAGGGUCUGCUCAAGCCUGUAGGCAUUCGUGCGCAGUUGGGACCGGGUGGGCAUCCUUGGAGCAAGUGAGAGUCGAAGACACAUGGCCUUUCACUUGUCGCUUUUGAAUAGUAGCAUGUUGAUGUUGCAACAAUUUCGAAUCAGACACCAUUGGAUCUCUUUCAGGAUGCUUGCAGGUACUGCGUAGACUUAAGGCUUGCGCCCAGGUCAAUUAGAUAAGAAAAAGUUAGG